GAAGUUUGAACACAGCUAGAAUUGAAGAACUCUUGAAGGUUGUAUUUUAGUCGAUCUAAGGUUAAUCAAAAUUCUUAUUAAAAGACUGUUAUUAUGACUACAAUAAAGGUUGCAAAUGAACAAGAAUUAAUCAAAAAAUUGGCUUCGUGUGUAGAAAAAAUUUCAAACGAUUCUAUUCUCAAUCGGGGAAAAUUUUUCGUCGGUCUUUCCGGAGGGUCAGUAGUGAAAUAUCUAUGUGAAGGGUUACCAGGCAUUAACACAGAGUGGUCAAAAUGGGUAUUAGCUUUUUGUGACGAGAGAGUGGUACCGGAAGACAGUGAAGACUCAACCUUCGGAACAUAUAAUAGACAAUUAAUACCUAAAACUAAAUUAAAAAAAGAUCAAUUUAUUGUUAUUAAACAAGGUGUUACUGCUGAAGAAGCAGCCAAGGAUUAUACUGAUAAAUUGAGAGAAUCAUUUAAAAGUAACAAUUUCAAAUUUGACCUCUUGCUAUUAGGUAUGGGGCCAGAUGGCCACACAUGUUCCCUUUUCCCAGGUCAUCCCUUACUUGAAGAGACUGUGUUAAAAAUCGCUCCAAUAACCGAUUCACCAAAACCACCUCCGAGCAGAGUAACAAUGACUUAUCCGGUCAUUAACAAUGCAAGAAACUGCAUUUUUGCCAUCAGCGGUGCUGGCAAAGCUGAAAUGGUAAAACGCAUAUUAAAAGAUAAGGAAGACUUACCUGCGACUAGAGUAAAGCCAGAAGGUUCAUUAUAUUGGAUCGUGGACAAUGCCGCGGCGGAAUAUUUGUAGUCGCUUUAUGAAGUUAUUAAAGACAGAAGCAAAAGGAACUUAAAGCAAUAUUAAUAUUUAAUUUUUCUUUAAUUCAGAUGCAAUGAUUUUUGCUAUUAUAUUGUGAUAUAAAUUUUGUGCCUUAAAUGGAGGGGUUUUUAUACGGAAUAUUUUUAUAAUAUUUUUUAGCUAUUGUUAUGCAUUUAUUGUUGGUGUAGGAAGAAUACCAUAUAAACAUUCCUGUAUUAAUAAAAAAUAUAUUAGCA